CGGUCCCGGAAACUUUUCCCGGGUGUCGCCGCCCGCGCCUGGGGGCUGCAGGGGGCGCGUCUACCUCGGCCGCGCUGCAGAGCCGAGCCCAGAGGAGGGGCGCGGGCGGCGACACCCGGGGCUGCGGCCACUGGGAGCUGCGCGCCGGGGGGACGCGCGGGGCCGCGCCAUGGAGGAGGCGCCCAGCCCCGCGCCCGCGCCCGCGCUCUGGAACUGGGACUACCUAGACCGCUGCUUCGCCCGCCACCGCGUCUGCAUCUCCUUCGGCCUGUGGAUCUGCGCCUCCUGCUGCUGGAUCGCCGCCCACGCGCUGCUUCUCUACCUGAAAUGUGCAAAGAAAUCUGGACAGGGUCAGUCAGCCCUGUGUGCUGCGUGCUGCCUCCUGACCAGUCUGUGUGACACCGUUGGGGCGAUUCUGGCCAGACAGCUCACGAUCCAGGUUGGUAGGGCCUGCAGGUGA